CUUCGAGUCAACGGCACGAGGAUGAUGGACACGCUGCAUGCCACCUGUGAGUUUGGCAAGGCACACCCAUGGGGAGAACACCCCACCGAGACCGGCAUGGCGCGGCUCUCUCUCGACGACAACGACAAGAAAGUGAGAGAGUGGCUGAUCCGCGAGACCAAAGCUCUGGGCUGCAGAGUCACCGUGGACCAGAUGGGCAACAUAUUCGCGGUCCGGCCGCCGGGAGGAACGCACGCAGCACCCACAGCCACAGCGCCACCACCAGUCAUGAUGGGCUCACAUCUCGACACCCAGCCGACGGGGGGCCGGUACGACGGGAUCCUGGGCGUCAUGGCGGCGCUCGAGGUGCUGCGGACGCUCAACGAGCACAAGGUCGAGACGAGAGGGCCCGUUGGGUUGGUGAACUGGACCAACGAGGAGGGCGCGCGUUUCCCAAUGAUCACUGUAGCCUCGGGCGUCUGGGCUGGCACGAUCCCGCUCGAGACGGCCUGGAACCUGGCCGAGGUGACGGCGGACAGCAAAGCGAGCACGACAGCAACGAAGACGACGAUGAAGCGCGAGCUAGAGCGCAUCGAAUUCCUCGGGGACACGCCCGCGUCGCACACGGCGCAGCCCAUGGCGGCACACUUUGAGCUGCACAUCGAGCAGGGGCCCGUACUCGAGGACACGGGCCGCAAGGUGGGCGUCGUGACGGGCGCGCAGGCGCACAGCUGGUUCCGGGUCGCCGUGGCGGGGAGCGACAGCCACGCGGGGACGACGCCGCUGGCGCUGCGGCAGGACGCCAUGCUCGCGGCGUGCAAGAUGGUCGUGGCGGCCAACGCGGUGGCCAAGAAGCACGGGGGGCUCAUCACGACGGGCAUCCUGGCCGGGCUGCCGGGCAGCGUCAACACAAUCCCGCACACGGUGAUGUUUACGCUCGACGUCCGCCAUGUCCGUGAUCAGGUCGCGGCGGAGAUGGUGGCCGACUGUCAGCGGCAGUUUGAGGAGAUUGCCAGGGAGGAUUCGGAGCGCGGCGUCAAGGUGUCGUGGACGACGCUGACGGAGAAUGCGGCCGUUGUGUUUCACCCGGACUGCGUCAGGGCGGUAGAGGAGGCGGUCGAGGAAGUAUGCUCCGCUCUGGCAGCCGAGUCGGGAUCAGUUCCGGACCGAGAGGACGGCAGGCCAUGGCAGCACAUGACGAGUGGCGCGGGUCAUGACUCUUGCAACACCAGCAAGGUCUGCCCGACGGCCAUGAUCUUCGCCCCGACAAGGAAAGGCCGGAGCCACACGCCAGACGAGUACUGCCCGCCCGAGGACUGCGUCACGGGAGCCCAGGUCUUGCUGGGGGCGGUACUCCGUUACGACGCGUCGCGCAAGGAUGUCUCAUGAAACCACCUGACCCCCCUCAGUCGCCGUUGUCCUCCUGAGCUUGUCUUGCUGAUGCUAGUUCCUCAAAGAGCUUGAGGGCUGGGCUGUCCGCUCCUGCACCGUGGAUGACGGAUGGAAUGCCCUUCCAGAAAGAGGCGUCCAGUCUCAUAGCGGCCAGUCUAGCCAGCGGCCAUGCUCUUGCUUGCAUGCGCAGCGUGUCUCUCCACUCAUCAAGUAGCUC